AUGACAAUGCCUCCCGGACGGCCCCGUCUCGACCUGGAGCCCUUCAAGGAUGAAAUCAUUGCGGCGUUCAACCGGCGCGAGACGGUCGAGAGCAUGUUAAAGGGCCUCGCCGCAAAGGGAUACGAAGUCAACGGCAAGACAUUCCAGCGCCGGCUCCGAGAAUGGGGCCUAUAUCGAUAUUCCAAGACGCCCAACAAGAAGAAUGGGCGAAAUGGCACAGCCGAAGCAGCAGCAGCAGCAGCAGCCGCCGUAGGUCAGUCAAGCUUCAGCGCGCGAGCAAGCGCACCGCCGGCAGCGGCAGAGAGCACGGCGCGGGACAGCAGCGCAGCGCAAACCCCAGCAUCGAGCGCGACAGCACCCGUCACAAAACCCCUCUUGCAGCCUAUCAUGCAACAUGGAGAGAGGCCCGGCUCCUUGCAGGACAGAGACGACGACGACUCAUCAGAAAGCAUUCCGUCAGCAGCCUCAUCGCCAAAAGCACCGCGAAACAACUCUUCACUCUUCAACACAUAUCUCGAAAGGUUAAGACCGCUUCCGCAAGCUUCAGCGCCCCAACCAAACAUGUCUCAAAAAGUCUGGACCCGCCGACACCCCGCAGGCUUCGGCUUGGAGAAGUCACUCGCUGCCGUCCGCGACCCUGCCGCCGCUCCGACUCCGAUCCCUUCGCCGCCUCGCGACGUCGAGGUGAUUCAACAAGAGUGUGAUUCCAUCACCUUUCAGUCCUUCACGUAUGAGGAUGCAUUUGAACUAGGACAUCUCCUUCAUGCCCGACUUCUCCCCUUCGCCCUCGUCAACAAGAAGCCCACAGUCAUCUCGAUUGCACUGGCAAACAGCCAACAGGUGCUCUUCCAGACGGCCGUCGGAUCCGGCUCUCUUCCCGACAACGAGACGUGGGUGCAGCGCAAGCGUAACGCCGUGCUCCGAUGGGGCUGCAGCACCUGGCUACUUCACAACAAGCUGGGCGGCGAUGAGCAGCUCUUUGCCUCGAAGUUUGGUAUGGGCACGGAACAGGCUGGAAAGUACGCCAUCCACGGUGGCGGCGUGCCCAUCCGUGUGCAAGGAGUUGAGGGCGUUGUGGCUGUUGUGGUUGUCAGUGGUCUGAAACAGGAUGAGGAUCACGGUGUGAUUGUUGAUGUUAUCAAGACUCAUUACCAAUGA